AUGUCUGAAAUUGACCUUGCAAAGGCUGUUGGUCACCAAUUUGACGACCAACAGGUUUCGUGGAACCAGCGGGAUCUCCUAAUCUAUGCCGUUGGCAUCGGAGCCAAGGCGGAUGACUACUCAAUUGUGAACGACAAAUCAUGGGCACCAUUCCCGACAUACCCGGUUGUACUCAUGUUUAAAGGCAUGUUCUGCAUAAACCAGGACACAGUCAACUUCCGGCAAUUGAUGAGCGGCGGCAAGAAGGUCUCUGGCUUACCCGCGUUUGACCCCAACCGUGUCGUGCAUGGCUUCCAAAGCAUCGAGAUCUUGAGGCCGCUGCCCGCUGUCAGUGGGCCUGGAUGGAAGCUCAAAAAGCGCAUCGUUGGCGUGAACGAGAACAAGACCGGUAUCGUUCUAGAAGAUGAGCAAGUUCUCGUUGACAGUAACGGCACACCUUAUGCCAAGCUCUACUCAGCGUCGUUCAACCUUGGUGCAAAGGGCACGGGUAACAGCUUUUCGAAGCGCAUCGCCGGCGCGCCUCAAGCAAAACCGGUGCCCAAAGAUCGCAAACCAGACUGGGUCGUCCAGGACAGAACGACGCCCGAGCAGGCGAUCGUAUAUCGCCUGAGCGGCGACUACAACAUGCUGCAUAUCGACCCGAGCAUCGGAAAAGCAGCUGGCUUCGGCGGCGUCAUCCUGCAUGGGUUAUCGACGUUUGGCUUUGCCGCACGCGCGCUGGUAUCCGCUGUGGGUGGGGGCGACCCUAACGCGUUGAGGUUCUUUGGUACUCGCUUCACGUCACCAGUAAAGCCGGGUGAUGCGCUGGAAACGUCGGUGUGGGAGGUCGGUCCGGGCCCUGACGGUACGACGGAGGUUUCGUUCGCGACGAAGAACCUGACCAACGGGAAGGCGUGCCUCGGUGGCGGUAUUGCAUAUGUCAAGAAGCAGGAGAAGGGAAGGUUAUGAAGGCUUCAUCAGCGUGCUCAUGCUCAGAGGUUGCCUUGAUGUUGUUGCAUUUUCUGAUACCAGCUCGGUGCUCUCCUGUCAAGGAUUGCUCAUGUAUUACUCCUUCAACGGAUC